UCAUGCCCUACUGAUUUGAGUCUUUCUUUCGAAACUCAACCUUUGCCUCAUGAUAAUUAAUAUAAGGCUUCAAACUCCAAGUUUCACAACUCACACACAGAAUAAACAAAGAGAGAUGUCCCAACAACACCACAGGAAUUCUUCCUUCACAGCUUGUUUCUUCCUUCCCACAAACGCCGACGAACAUCCGUCUGCGCCACCGCCUCCUCCGCCACCUCCUCCAAUCUCCGGUAAGUUAAACCUCACAACUUGUCUUUACAAUACAAACCUCGGUGUCUUCUCCCUCACAUGGUCAAAAACAUUCCUUGGUCAUUCUCUUCAUCUCAAUCUUCACCCUUACGACUUCACGAGCUCUCCUCUUUCUGAUCCUUCAGCUCUUUCUUUUCAUCUCCAUAUCAAGCCCUUUAUUUUCUGGAAGAAACAUGGGUCAAAAAAUCUCGUCAAUAACGCUUCUGUAAUCCAAAUCUUUUGGGACCUCUCCCGAGCUAGAUUCGGAUCCGGACCCGAACCUCAAUCGGGGUUCUUCAUCGCUGUUGUUGUCGAUCGAGAAAUCGCCCUGCUUGUUGGCGAUUCAACCAAAGAAGCUUGUGCGAAAACCAAAGCUGAGAAGAAGCCCCAGAAAGCAUCUCAAGUUGUUCUGAGAAGAGAGCAUGUUUUUGGCAACAACAAAGUGUACAACACAAGAGUCGAAUUUGGAGGCAAAAGGAGGCAGAUUUCGAUAGAUUGUAGUGUGAACAGCGACGCUAAGUUGACUUUUAGCGUUGAUGACAAAAGGGUUUUGCAGAUAAAGAGAUUGAAGUGGAAAUUUAGAGGAAAUGAGAGGAUUGAAGUUGAUGGAGUGCCAAUACAAGUGUCAUGGGACGUUUAUAAUUGGCUUUUUGAAGACAUGAACGGCCGUGCAGUUUUCAUGUUCAAGUUCGAAAAUCUCAACAAUCGAGAAGAAGAAAAACAACAGAACGAAGAAGUAAACAGUGGCCAUUCUUUGCAACAGGGUUCUGGUUUCGGUAUGAGUGGAAUUGAAUGGAGAAAAAUGAGGAAAAGUUUGAUGAGAACGGCCAGGAGCUCAUCAUCGUCUUCCAUUUCAAUGUCAUCAGCUUCUUCUUCUGGGUGCAGUUCUUCUGUAAUGGAAUGGGCUGCUAGCACAGAAGAUAAUGAAUUCAGCUCUGGACCUAAUGGCUUCUUGCUGCUGAUUUACGUCUGGAAAAAAUGAAAUCAAGCUUUCUGUUCUUGGUAAUCUUCAGCUAUCUCACUAAUUUCUACUAACCCAUUUGUUCUUGAACAUAUAAUCAAAUAGAAUAAAAAUGUUGAAUUGAAUCAAAAUAUAGAGAGAAAGAGAGAGAUGGAUAUGUAUACUUUAUUUCGGAUUUGAUACAAUUUCUUUUCAAUUUUCAAUUGUUUACUGAUUAUAUGAAUUCAAAUGGAAGCCAUUAUUGUUA